AUGACCUUCGAAACUGAUGCAUUUGAUGCUAUUUUUGAAUAUGCGUGGAGUCAGAUUGACAAGCCUAUUAGUGGGGAUUUCGUAUAUGGUAAAGAUUUACCGAAAUUAAUUGAGAUCAUUGAAAAUAUUUUCCAAGAGGCCCAGAGAAAUGGUUCUUAUAAUCUUCGACUACCUUUACUUUCUGAAACCGAUAAAGAUUUGUGCCGCACGUUUUCUAAUACAAAGACCUUUUUCAAAAUACACAAAGACGAUUUUGACGAUAUCUUCUUUAAUCUGGUUAAUAGGUCUCUUAAGGAAAUUCUGGAAAAAACAUUUGAAGGUGUGAAUUCCAUUCCUCGUGAUUUUAUGAAAAGUCUGGAUCUAGACUUGCCUUCCAAAUCCCUUGUUGAGAAUAAGGGCAAUAGCAUUCAAGAACCCAUAUCUUUAACUCCGCCGGCUAAACAUACCGAGUCACCAAUCAAACGAUUCGGUCAAAGUAAUACAAGAAAUACGUUGAAAGUGCAAGUAGAGGAUUUACAAAGGGAACUGAACAUGAAGCAAAAUUUAUUGCUGGAAAACGAAAGACAGGUAAACGAAUUGAAAAGAAGGUUAAAGACAUACCAACAAAAGUAUGCUUCCAUACAAGAGCAAUUUAACGAUUUACAAAAAAAUAGACAAAUAGAAACCAAUCAAUGUAAACCUCAAACUGCGGAUGCUGAAUCACAUGUGGCUGUCGGAAUUGAUCAAGAAGCCAUUCUGGAAGAAUUCAAAAGAAGAUUACAAAAACAAACAGAGACCAUCUCUACCUUGAAAGAUCAAAUACGGCAAGAAAGAGUAACAAAUUACAAUAACGACAAAACUUUGUUUAUAAAACGCAAGCCUUCAACUUCUAAACACGCAUCUAAGAGUUUCGCAGACACGUUUUCACUUAAUCUAUGGAUAAAUGCAAUAAUAAGAACGAUAAUUUGCCUCACUUUAAUAAUUGGUGUCUUGUCAUACGUUAUGAAAUAUUUAUAUAGCUCUGAUGCGCCAACACAAAACUCAAGAUUGCAAUUGUCAUGGUGGGAGAGUAAUGGCAUAUUAAGUAAAAUCGUGUGGUUUUUUCAAGAUCAGACAGAUUUAGAAAUUGAGUACUCUUCAAAUGCCGAAAUAGAUGAUGCAUAUAGCCGAGUAUUCGGUAUAUAG